UCGCUCGCUCGCUCCCUCCCUCUCCCCGCGUGCUGACUAGAGAGAGCUGGUUAUUCUUGCAGCCCUUGUUGUCUUGGCAGGAGUUCAAUGAGCAGCAGGCGGAGGAAGGGGAGAGCCUAACACGCAGGCGCUCCUGGGCACUGUCGAAGAAUCGAGUCACUGGAGCAGAGCGCCCAAGCGGCGGCGACUGCUUCUGGAGUCCCCGCCCAGUGUGAGUGUCUGGGCGGCCGGCAGCCGGCGGGCAGUGCUGGAGUAGCAAGAGCGCGGUGCGGGCAGAGCGAGCGGCGUGUCGUACUGGGGGGUCGGAGGGAGCUGCGCUCGGGCGAUGCAUAUCGCCACGUCCCCGGAGUCCCGGAAAUAGGAGAGCCUGGCCGAAAGCAGAGGCGCUUCCUUCGCCUCGGAGCCGCGCUCGUUCGCCCAAGGAGCUGGCAUUCAGGGCAAAAGGCUGCAGCGGUUGCAACAUCCCGAGCCUCCCCGGUGGCAAGCCGAGCAGCGGUGGGGAAGAGGAGGUAGGGGACAAGGCGCGGGGCGCUCGCUGCCCCUGGACUCGGCCAUGUCGUCCGCGGCGGUGGCGGUGGCCGCUGCCUCCCGCAGGCAGUCCUGUUACUUGUGCGAUCUACCUCGCAUGCCCUGGGCCAUGAUCUGGGAUUUCACCGAGCCCGUCUGCAGGGGCUGCGUCAACUACGAAGGGGCCGACCGUGUGGAGUUCGUCAUCGACACGGCUCGGCAGCUCAAGCGGGCGCACAGUUUCCAGGAAGGCCGGGCUCCGCCACCUCCGCACACCAAGCAGCAGCCUCCGCCGCUCAGCGCCAAAGACCUGCACUCGGCGGCUGUGGCCACGGCCGAGGCGGCAUCUCGCGCCCCGCCGCAGCCCCACGAGCGCUACUCUCUGGCUGCGGCGCUGGCGUCUGAGCGGCCGCCUCCCCGCCUGGGACCCGAGUACGGCGGGAGCAGGCAGGUCAACGGCAUCCUCGUCCCCAACGGUUUCUCCAAGCCCGAAGAGCCGCCCGAACUGAACCGCCAGAGUCCCAACCCGCGCCGGACGCACGCCGUGGCCCCCACUUUGGUGCCCCUCAUGAACGGAGCUUCCUUGCCCGCCUGCAUCAGCAGCCGGGCGGCGGCGGCUGCAGCAGCCUCCUUGGCGGCUAUCUCCGGAGCGCCGCCAACCCCGCUGCAGGUCUCGGUCUCCCAAGCGCAGCAGAGCCAGCAGCAGCCCGGGGAAGGGGGCGGGCACAAGCGGCCCGGCUCGGUGUCUUCCUCGUCGUCUGGGGGCGGCGGUGGCGGUGGCGGCGCCAGCGACCAGGAGGGCAAGGAAAAAGGACAGCCGCAAGCGGCGCGGGGUUCGGCGGACCCUCUGGACCCACUCGGCGUGGAGAGCAAAGCCCGGGGGGCAGCGGCGGGCACGGAGCAAGAGUGGCUGGGCAAGCCCAAGACCGUGCGUGACACCCUGCUGGCCUUGCAGCACAGCGGCCACGCGGCGCCCUUCGAAAGCAAGUUCAAGAAGGAGCCCGGCAUGGCGGGAGGGAGGCUCUUGGGCUACGACAGCAACGGGGCCGCGGCCAAAUCAGGGGCUCGGGCUGCGAGGAAGAGAAAGGCUUCUCCAGAGCCCGAAGGUGAAGCUGGACCUCCAAAAAUCAAUGGCGAGGCACAGUCAUGGUUACCCACCUCAUCAGAAGGGAUGAAAAUACCAAUGGCAGCUGCAUCUUUCAUGUCCCCACCGCCACCAACUGCUUCGCCUCAUUCAAAUCGGACCACACCACCGGAGGCAGUUCAGAAUGGUCAGAACCCUAUGGCUGCACUCAUUUUGGUUGCAGACAACGCCGGGGGCAACCAUGCUUCCAAAGAUGCCAACCAGGUUCACUCCACCACCAGGAGGAAUAGCAGUAGCCCCCCUUCUCCAUCCCCUAUGAACCAAAGAAGGCUGGCCAGGGAAGUGCCGAGCCAAGGGGCAAAUCCUGGAGGGAUGGAACCAGUGCACCCUGUCAGCCUCCCAGACUCUUCUCUGGCAGCAAGUGUUCCCCUCUGCUGCACCUUGUGUCACGAGCGAUUGGAAGACACCCACUUUGUGCAGUGUCCCUCCGUUCCAUCUCAUAAGUUUUGCUUCCCUUGCUCUAGACAGAGCAUCAAACAGCAAGGAGCUAAUGGCGAAGUGUAUUGUCCCAGUGGGGAGAAGUGCCCCCUAGUGGGAUCCAAUGUCCCUUGGGCCUUCAUGCAAGGGGAGAUUGCAACCAUUCUUGCAGGAGAUGUCAAAGUGAAAAAAGAGAGAGACUCAUGACUUUUCCAAUUUUUCAUUGCAACGUCAACUUUAACAUAAAACGGCUUGAACUGUAUAUACCUAUAAAUACUAUAAAUAUCUAUAUAUAUAUUAUAUAUAUAUAUAUAUAUAUAUCCAAGACAAGGGAAAUGUAGACUUCAUAAAACAUGGCUGUAUAAUUUUGAUUUCUUUUUUGAAUACAUUGUGUUUCUAUAUUUUUUGAAGACAAAAGGUAUGUACUUAUAAAUGCUCUUUUUUGUUGUUAUAGCAACUAUUUGUUGUGCUUCCUUGGUGACAGUUACUGUUCAGUGUAGGCUGUGACUUGCGCUGCUUUUUUUAGAGAGCACUUGGCAAACCAGACAUGCUUCUAGCUGUAAAUUGUAUGCACUUGGUUUCUCCCCCCCUUUUUUUUUUUAAAUGCCAAAUACAUCUUUCAACAUUGUAAAGAUUGCCUUAUUGUCUGUGGUUCCUUUUUUUUUCUUUCUCUUUUGCCCUUAUUCAUAUUGAAGGCAUUUUAGGUUUUAGAGAAAUUAUGGCAUUAAGGAGAUCAGCAAGGAUUCAAGCAAGGUUGCUAUUCAGUCCAGUCCAAAGAUCUGAAGCAAUAGGGGUUUGUGUGGAAACAUUAUUCCUUCACUGCUGCUGCAAAAACCAGCCAGAUUCUUACAGCGAUUUUUGCUUGUAGAAGGAAGUUGUUUGCAGACUAUUCAGCUUAAAGUGAGGUGCUACUGAGGCUGAGGUUUUUUUUUUUUUUUUUGUUAAAGCCAAAAUAACCACAGUUGUAAUAUUUGGUAGUAAGAUUGCAAAACCGUUUUUGUCAUGCAUUGCUUAAGGUUCCUGCAGUUCUUUUGUGAUAAAAUUUAAUUAUUGACUAGCCAUGCAUUAGAACAGAAUAGCACUGCCAUCUUUUUAACAAAUUUACAACUUUUCAGCAUAAAUGAAUGAACGUUGCUAUGCCCUUCAUACUUGUAUGGAAAAACACUGAGGUAGGUUUUAAGGAUUUUUACAGUAGUGCAGAAGAACUUGCUUCUUAACACUUAAAUGUUUAGAACUGUUGCUACUGUUAUUGUUGCUGAUGUCACCUAAUUGAGUAGAGCAAAAGCAGAGCGGUAAUGACAGCAGCAGCAAAGAUUUUGCUUGGCAUGUCUGCAUUGUCAGCAGAGAGAUUAAUGGGGAUUUCUGCCUGAAAUUUCCUGAUCCAUGUGUUGGGGGCAAAACAACCAAAUCAUAUUUAAAGGGAACAACCUAGGAUUUAAAUAAAUCAUCUUGAAUUUUUAUGCAGGCAUACCAUGCCUUCUGGACUACCUUCAACCAUUAUUUUGCAUAGCUAGUAUUUUGAUUAUGCUUCUUUUUUCGUCAGAAGACAGACAUUUUAGAUAAACAUCAACUACUAGAAAUAGUCAAGACUCACUGUAGUGUUGCUGUGCUGUUCACAAUUGUGUUAGCAACAUUGCUGUACAACCACUUGCAUUCAUUAUUGGUGACCACUUUAGCAUAUGGUCAUAAAUGAUUAUUUCAAACAACAGUUUGCCCCUUGUGUUGUUUGCACGUUACAAUAUAUUCUCUUUAGCUACAUUUAAUCAUUUUAUACUAUUGGAUCAGACGGUUUUUAGGUGUUCAUCUUCAGUCUUCUAUUUAAUGCUGAAUAGAUUUUGAUAGGGUCCUUUUUUUAGUGGUCAACACAUUUGAAAACCUAACCUGCACAUGGGCAAUUCUUUUUUUAAAAAAACAUUUUAAUAAGCACACCCACUAGCGUUGUGUUCCAUAUUACAGGUCAGUGUAAUAUUAAAUAACAAGUUUUGCAUGAUAAACCAAUAUUUGAAAUUAUAGAAAUACAUAUAGAUCAGACUGGUGUCUUAUGUAAACACGUUUAGAAAGUUUGAGAUGGGAAACGCACAUAUGUACAACUGUAAGGAUUCUUUGGAACCACUAUAAUUGUGGAAAUAAGAAUUUAGGCACUUUAUUAAAAAUUGGAUUUUGAAUUAAUAGAGGAUAAGUUCUUAAGAAUCUUUUUGACAUAAUACCUCAUGUAUUAAACUAAUUUGUAUGAACAGUUUGCAUUUUACGUUAAAAAAAUACCCCUACAAAAAUUUUCAUAGUGACAUCUUGGCAUGUAGUUCAGAUUUGAACUUCUUAAUCUGAUUUGAGUUUCUUAAUCCAAGGUGGGAUGACAGUAACUUCUUUCUUCAAAAUGCUAUUCAAGCAUGACAGAUUAUCGAGAGAAGCCUUAGUUACAGUCUUCAUAUUGUAGCUCAGUAAUAUCACUGUAUGUUCUUUAAAGUAGUUCAAUGAGUGGGAUGUUUAAAGCUUGCCAUGAACACAGCUGGAACAUAUUUCAAGACUUUAUCUGUUCAGCCAGUUUCUUCCAAACCUCUGUUAAGGUAACCAGUUCUCAUAUAUUUUAUAAAUUUAUACUACAGAAAUGACAUAAACUGUGAUAUGACUUUUUUUAAAAACACAUUUCUGUGAUUUCAAUUGGCCAAAUGUAAUUUUGUUUGCUUUUUAAAAUUGGUUUCUGACAUCAGCAGAUAAGCAUAUAUCCACAUAUAUACAUAUACAUUGAUGCACACAAUAUGCUUCCCUGGCUACAAAGUUUUUUCAAGUGCUUUAGCUGCAACAAUACUACAGUUACUAUCCAAUAAACAAAACAAAACUUGAUUCCAUUGCAGCUAAUGUGAACUUAAUUGCUUAUUUCAAUGGAGUCAGAUGUUGCACCCUUACAUUUUUUCCAGUUUUUAUUGGUGAUUCUUUGUAUAGCAAUAAAGCAAAAUGUCGUUUAAUGGAGAGUGUGAUUGUCACAAUCUCACCUUCGUUAUACUUUUAAGUUACCAUUAUUAAAAUACCACCUGCACUAUGCUUUCAUUGUUUAUAGUUGCUGAACUAACACAUUACUAUUUUUUUCCUAUUUUUUUAAUCUUUUGCAUUAAAUAAAGUGAAAUCAGGCAUUUAAACAC